AUGGACAGAAUGCAGCUUGAUCCUAAUUUCAAUCACCAUCCCAAAUGUGAGAAAGUUAAACUGACCAACCUAACUUUUGCUGAUUUCAUUUCACUGUUCUGCAGAGGGGAUGCUAUAGCUGCCCAAUUGAUGUUUCAGACUAUGCGUAAAUUCUCUACCUCCACAGGUAUGGGCUAUUCUGAAGCAUGUUCUGGAUUCCAAGAAGGCGACUAUCCUUUUAGAUACUUGGGAGUUCCCUUAACUACCAAGAAGCUUAGCAUAAGUCACUACCUUCCUCUUAUAGACAAGAUUGUUACCCGCAUUCACCACUGGUCUGCUAAGCUUCUUAGCUAUGUAGGCAAGCUGCAAUUACUGAAAAUCAUCUCUCAUGCCAUGGCUCAGUUUUGGAUGCAGUGCUUUCCCAUCCCAAAAAUGGUGAUUAAAAAGAUUGAUGCCAUUUGUCGUAGUUUUAUCUGGACAGAUUCUAAAGAGAUUAGCAGGAAGUGUCCAGUGGCUUGGAACACUAUGUGCAAACCAAUUGCUCCGGGUGGAUUACAUUUGCUCAAUGACUGUGUGGAAUGA